GUGUUCCUACGCCAAUCAUCAUUCAGGCUCUCUUUCUUUUCUUUUUUUCCCCCAGUGACGUAAAAUAAGCGACAGGCAAACGACUUUUCAGCGGAAGUACUAACAGAGGUGUCAUCAUGUCAAAGCAGCCGGCGGGGAAGACCUUGCUGCGGAAUGUCAUCCGGCAUACAGAUGCACACAACAAGAUCCAGGAGGAGAUGGAGAUGUGGAAAAUGCGAGGCUGGGAGAUGCAGAUGUCCCAUCCGAAACAGCUGCCGUUCAAAGACAACGUGAGAGGCCAUAUGCACUGCGACAGGGUGCCCGAUCACCCCAGAGACGUGAGUCGGAGCCAAGACAGAGCCUCGCAGCACGACGAAAGAGAGGCCCGGUACUGGACGCGCAAACUUUAUGAGUUUGAGGCCGGAGAUCCUGACAGAUGGGGACAUAGCGGCUUCAAGGAGCUUUAUCCUGAGGAGUUUGAAAGUGAUGGUGAAAAAAGUGUUUCCAUGAAGAAGGCCUGCAAAAGAAAAAAGUCCAAGUCCGACACCAAGAAAUCCUCUCGAAAGAGAAAAAAGAAAAAGAAGAAGAAAGCCGAAGACAGAAAGAAGAGAGCCGAAUCCUCGAGCAGCGGCGGAAGCAGCAAUGAAAGCAGUGACACAAAGGACAAGCCGAGGAAAAGAAAACGCACAAAAAGUCGACACAAAAACAAGAAAAGCAGGCGGAGAGACGAGGACAGCAGCUCAGGGGACAGUAAUGAGGAAAAAAGCAAGAGACGGACACGGGCCUUUAGAAAGAGGAAGCGGCUGUCCGAGUCGGACUCGGGGCCAGACUUUGAAAAAAAGAAGAGGAAAGAUUGGAAAGCUGCAGAUGGUGAGAGCUCGGAUGACAGCUCUGCAGACUGAGAUGCGAGGCUGUGAACAACAAAAGAAACCCCUCACAAACUAGAGCAGAGUCUUUAGUUGGCCCAGAGCUGCAUGGAGGACUCCUCACUGCAGCGCUGUGUUGUAUUGCUGGAUGUGGUUGGAGAUCAGCUGCUUGUCUGGCAGCUCUGAGGAGCCAUAACUCAUCAGCUCUGCAGUGCAGUCAGCAGACAGCAUGCUAUCCAGCACCUGCCUCAUCAGAAUGCAGCUCAGCGAGCGGCCCAUCCUCAGCCUGCUGCACACAAACGACAACACUUUGGGUUAUUCAACUCAUAAAGAGACUUUUAAUCAUUACGGGAAUAGUAUUUUUUUAAGGUCGUAUUAUAUUCACAGGGAGACUGCCUUUCUUAAAAAAAUACGUUUUUUUUUAUGUUUUUAUUUACAUUUUUUGGGUAUGAAAGAUUUUGAGAAACUAUUUUUCUAAGGUGUCAGUAAAGCUUAAUCAUUUACUGAAAAACAAUAUGACGUUUGAUUUUGUUUUUGUAAUGUGCGCUGUGGCAUUUUUUCCCCAGUUUAUUUUAAUUCAGUCAAACUUUGUAACAACAAAAAUAGACAGUCUGUUUUUAUUGAAUCUUUUCACUCUGGGAAACGACUGAAUUGUACAGUUUUUUAAAAACUAUUUGCAAAUUGUUGUAUAGAAAUUUAAUAAAAUAAAGAUGAAAACAAAA